AUGCGUAUCUCUUCCACCCUCUUCGCCACUACGGCUCUUCUCUCUUCGGCCAAUGCUGCCAUCAAGGGCUUCAACUACGGUGCCCAGUUCAACAACAACCAGGCCAAGCAGCAAGUCGACUUUGAAUACGAAUUCAAUGCUGCCAAACAGCUCCCCGGUACCAACGGGUGGACCAGUGCUCGUCUUUACACCAUGAUCCAGCACGGCACCCAAAACAGCAUCAUCUCGGCUAUCGAGGCUGCCAUCAACACCAAGACUACCCUGCUCCUCGGACUGUGGUGCUCAGCUGGCCAGAACGGCGUCAAUAACGAGAUUACUGCUCUCAAGGCUGCCAUUGCCAAGUACGGUACUAGAUUCACCGACCUCGUUGUUGGUAUCUCCGUCGGUAGCGAGGACCUAUACCGCGUUACCCCUACCGGCAUCGAUAACAACUCCGGCCCCGGUGCUCAGCCCCAGGAGCUUGUCAAAUACAUCCAGCAGACCAGAGCCGCCAUCCAGGGCACUCCUCUCCAAGGCAAGCCCAUCGGCCACGUCGACACCUGGACCGUCUACGUCAACGCCUCCAACAAUGCUGUUAUCGAUGCUGUUGACUUCAUCGGCAUGGACGCCUACCCCUACUUCCAGACCACCAUGAACAACAACGUCGGUAGCGGCAGCCAGCUCUUCUUCGACGCCUACCACCAGACUGUUGCCGCUGCCAAGGGCAAGCCCGUCUGGGUUACCGAGACUGGAUGGCCCGUUACCGGUCAGACUUUGAACCAGGGAGUGGCCAGCGCCAACAACGCCAAGAUCUUCUGGGACGACGUUACCUGCCAGCUUGUUAAGGACAAUGUCAACCUUUGGUACUACAUCCUUCAGGAUGUCCAGUACGGCAACCCAGUGCCCUCUUUCGGCAUCAAGCCUGCGGGUGACCUUAUGCAGGUGUCGCCCCUUUUCGACUUGUCUUGCCCCAAAUAAACGCGACGAAUGAUAAUACGCAUGGGUUGAACUGUUGACUUGGAUGUCCUUGUAUUACCACCAACACCCUUAUGACUAGUUAAAAGUCCUCUGCUUCUUGUAAAUAAUAAAUACUAAUGUUUGGUCGAUACACCUGAGCAUGUGCAUUGCUCAAGAUUAGUCA